AUGCUCUGCGCAACAUUUACAGUACUAAUAGUCUCUGUGCUCGCUGCAGCUAUGUCGUGGCGAUCGGAGGCCGAUAAGACGAUGUCACUAUAUCAGCGUUCUGAAGGAGAAGUUGGUGGUCCUAUCGAUGGCGAUUUCGAUUAUUAUUACCCACCUUGCAAUGAUUACGAUCCAUGUUUUGGUGAGAAAGCGGCCGAAUAUGAGCUGAUGGCAUAUGCAAUUCAAAAGCAGGUGUGCGCUGAACUCGAGAUCAGUGAUUACUAUGAUGCGAAACCUGAUUGCAAACUGCAUACCGAAGCUUUGGCAAUUCUACGCGACAAAAGCGGUAGCAGAAGUGGCGAAAAGUGCACACUGAAAUUGGAGGGUAGCUACACAGUAAACGGCUCAACUAAUGAUGAGAAAAUAAGCAGAACUUUGAAACUUGGUUCGGACAGGAUACUCAAAACAAUUGAGGUUCCUUCUGCAUUGCAGUAA